GUGGGGAAGGUGGAGGAGGGGGAGCCCCGCCGAAUCGAGGGGUUAUGAGAGCCCUGGGACCGGCCUGUGGUCUCGGUGGGUGCCGGAGAUGGAGGGCGUGGGAGUGGGCAGAUGUGGGACGUGUCGGAGGAAAGGGAUGCGAGCUGAAGUCUGUUACUGAGCUGAACCUCAUUUUCUGGGAUGACAGGGAGGUUCCCCAGGCAGGAGUAAAAUCUUAAGGAACUACAUUUUCCAAAGUAGCUGGGUCGCUAAGUCUGAUUUAAUAGGGAAUGUUAUACCCAUCUUCGCAUCGGAUACCUGCCUGGGCAAGCUGCUCCCUGUUUUGGAUGAUGUGCUGAAGGCUGCUGUCCCCAUGCACCACAGUGCCUGGGUCACGUACUCCGUGGGUCAGGCAGGAGGCUUGCCAGCAUUCCGGGUUAGCUGGUUUGUCUGCAGCUGUGCACUGGAGCCAGAGGAGAGUUUCCAUUGGGACUGUGACCCACCCGCCGGGAGAUGCAGGAGGAGAUAGGCAAGUGUGGGCAGGGAGAGCCAUAGUGCAGGGCUGGCUCCUCUGCUCAGGCAGCGUCUCAGCAUUUGGGGUUUUGCAGACUGGAAGUGAUGCCUUGCUGUCUUUGAUUCAGCUCUGCAACGGAUAAAUAAAAACCCAAACAAAAUCAAACUCAGCGAGUGUUUCUGUGUUGACCUGUUAGUUUUUCUGGAGCAGAUCCCGUUAGUGUAGAAACCUGCUGUAAAUCUGCUAGGAGAGUGUCCUGCUCCCAAGUGCAUGUGGGUGAUCACUGGACAUUUAAUUAGUCGGCAUUGAAACCACAGGCUGCUUAAGAAAAUAAAUUGUUCAUGGCUGUCUUUAGUCCAAACCUUGUAAUCUCAAAGUGUUGCUUGGCAAUUCCAAGUGCAGUGAAAGGCAGCCCAUGUGCCUUUGUGCAGUGAGUGUGUAGUUAGCUCACCUUUCCUUUUCCUCUCAGGGGGAAUUUCUUUACUGUGUGCAUGUUUAUGUUUUCUCUCUUUCCAUCUUCAGGACCACUUGCUGUUUUGUGCACAUCCAAGAGUUCCCUGUGUUCCCAAAGUGCUGAGUGUGCUAGACUGGGGUUCAUAUAGUGGCAGCUUUAUUAUUUGGGGACUGGUGGGCAGAUGUGAUAGAGCUGGAUCACUUACAUUGCAUCCUUUUCCUUUGGACCAAUGGGACAUGAUUUUCCGCAAACUGCACCGAGCUCUGUGUGUUCAGGGACUUGCAUUUCCUCUUUUGCAUGAUGAGCAGUAUCUAAUCCUGGAGCUGAGCUGCUGAAUUUGUAUCUGCCUGUAAUGGAGCAUUGAAAUUACAAGAAAAGGGAAGCAGAGCUGUGUGGCAGCUGCAGAGCUUCAUGAAUAUUAGUUGAAGAGGAAAUUUAUUUUACCUAACCAGAGAACUUCCUGUGUUGGUUGUCUGUACUUCUAAAGAUCUAGAAAUUACGUAUCAAAGAAAGUGCAACAUUGACCAGAGAUGUGCUUGAGCAGCAUUUUAGCGAUUUGAAAGGGACCCUAAAGAAGCUUCUGGAUGAGCGACUGAUGUCCCUACUGCAGGAAGUGGAUGUCAUAGAGCAAGAGAGCAUCAAGCCCCUGGAUGAAUGCCAGAAGCUGAUAGAGCACGGAGUCAGCACGGCCGAUGAUCUGCUCCGGGAAGGAGAGAGUGCAGUCGAUGGAGAUGUGGGAACACAGAAUGAGAAACUUUGCAACUUUACAAAAAAAGCUUUACAUAUUCAGCUAGAUAGCUUACCAGAAGUGCCCUCCUUGGUUGAUGUGCCUUGUUUAUCUGCCCAGCUGGAUGACUGCCUCCUUACUAUACUGAAAAAUCAAAUAUUCAGACAUGGAACUGUGGCAUCUCGCCCACCUGUACAGCUGGAGGAAUUUGUGGAAAAGCCUGGAGGUAUUUUAGUCCGAUGGUGUAAGGUGGAUGAUGAUUUCAUACCCCAGGACUACCGGCUGCAGUACCGCAAGAGCACUGCCAGCCACUUUGAGGAUGUGUAUGUGGGCUCGGAGACAGAGUUCAUAGUGCUGCACAUUGAUCCCAACGUGGAUUACCAGUUCCGGGUGUGCGCCCGCGGGGACGGGCGGCAGGAGUGGAGCCCCUGGAGUGUCCCCCAGAUUGGCCGCACCACGCUGGUCCCCCACGAAUGGACAACUGGUCUGGAGGGUUACAGCUUGAGCAGCCGAAGAAACAUAGCACUUCGGAAUGAUUCUCAAUCGUGUGGUGUGCUCUACUCCAAAGCUCCUACUUAUUUCUGUGGGCAAACAUUAACAUUCAGAAUUGAGACCGUGGGCCAGCCAGACCGACGGGACAGCCUGGGAGUGUGCGUGGAGCAGCAGAAUGGCUACGACUCCCUUCAGCGGGACAAAGCUGUGUGCAUCAGCACAAAUGGGGCAGUAUUUGUAAAUGGAAAAGAAAUGACAAACCAGCUGCCUGCUGUUACUUCUGGCUCGACUGUGACAUUUGACAUGGAAGUUGUGCAGUUGGGACCCUGCAGCAACGAGGGAGGAAACUUCAAGCUUCGAGUAACCAUCAGCUCCAACAACAGAGAAGUGGUCUUCGACUGGGUACUUGAUCAGUGCUGUGGAUCUUUGUAUUUUGGAUGUUCAUUUUCAUACCCAGGCUGGAAGGUUUUGGUGUUUUAGCAGUGAGUAAAGUUAUUUUUUGUUCUUGCUGUAAUGUUAAAAGCUGAGUUUCCAGCUGUUUGACAACAAUCUUGUAACAAACCCCUGUCUUUAUAGUACUUGAACUCCACUAUAUUGUACUUCAUACUGGAUUCAUUUAAACAAUAAUUGUGAAACAUUUGAUUUGUUACUCUGGAAAAAGCUAGACACAAGCAUUUGUGUAGGCAAAUUAAUUUAAGCAGUCCAUCAGACCUUUCCCUUUUUUCCUCCAGACUUGAUUUUUGUCAGUAUUUCAUUGUACUCGUCUCAGGGUACGCGCGUUGUGUAGAAUUAACUUUGCUUAAAACUGCUGCUCUGUAAGCAUUUUAGGGGUGGUAAUGGACCAAAGUUGUAUUUAUACCACUCAGAGCACAGUAUUUAGAGUGGCAAGGUCCUGCUCUGCUUCCUUGUGCACGAUGCUGCCUUAGGAGUCUGAGUGGACAGUGGGGCCCACCUGUGGCAGCUGCUUCCUCCGCGCAUGGUACUGUUUGUCCCUCCGGAGCAGGGACAUCUGAGCCAGCCUGUUCCUGUCUCACUUAAGUGCCUUAUUUCAAUACUUCUUGAACUGUUUUCUGUGUUGUCACUUGGAAUGUUUUCUAGAGUAGCUGCAUGGUGAUACUUACAUCAACGGUGCAAGGCUGCCUCAAGCAGACCAACAGCCAGCGCAGGAUGUUAUCCUGAUCGUCUCUGAAUGUCUUCCCUGGUUACAAUUCACAUGGAUCCUGUGUCAGAGACAGUCUCAGUGAUUUGGUACCUGGCCUCAACCUGUGGAUUGGCAGCUGUGGUUCCUCAGAGCCCUCCUACCAUGCAGAGACAACCUUCUCUUACUGUCUGACAACACAAGGGCUGUUGUGAUAUGCAGGAUUCCUGGCAAUCCCAAAUUCUGCCUGGGAAUGCUGUGCAGUCAGUGCAGGUGUAUGGUCCCAGUACUGCAGACAGACUGGGCUGACGCAGCUGUGCCUGCUGCUGGAGCUCCACCUGGAGUAAGGGAGAUGGGCUUUGGGAGUGGGCUUCAGGCAGACCCUGCCUGCACAGAUUUAACCUGGGGCAGUCAGAAUUGAAGAGAGGGUGGUAAUUAAGCUGUCUCCAUAGAAUAGGAUGGGAUAAAAAAUAUUGUGAAUUAAAUGACUUGGAGUUCAGAAAUUAUAUAAAGUUACAUAUUUUUCCUCUAAGGAGCAACUACAAUGGGUAAGCUCAGUCUCAAAAGAGAGCUUAUUCCUGGUCAAAAGAUUUUAAUGCUACUGGAUUUAAAGAAUAUUUAAAAGCAACACUCACUGAGGGGUUUCUUACCUCAUGUUCAAUUAAAAUUAAAUAUAUUUUAUCACGUUAGAAUAGCAUUAUUUUUAUAAAGCCUAGACAAUCAUACUGCCUUUCCUUCAGUGGCAAUGUGCUACAUUAGCCCUCUAUAUUACCAUAAUAAGCUUAAAGCAUAAAAGCUUAUUUUACAAUUAAUUAACAUUGCCCAUACUCACACUGUCAGUACAUCAGCCAUCCUGCCUGAAUUUUUCCCCAAGCAGCUGUAGCAGGGGUACAAGAACUUCAGACAAGGAGAAUGGCUGUUGGUAUUUAUACCAUUUACAAGAAAAAAAAAUGCAUGCGGAUUUAGAUGGGUGCUGCAAAGAACCUGCACGAGGCAGGGUUAGGUUGGAAUUGGCUGUAAGACAUGAAGUGAGAAAGACUGAACUGCUGCAGGUCAGAUCAUCCACUGUUAGCAGCAAAGGCCUGCAGUACUGUCAGUUUUUCAAGCUUCACUAGUUCAGUGUCAGGGAAAAAGAAUACUAGCUUAUCCUGUUACUUUAAUUCUCCUGUGAAGAGUGUUUUCAGUACUUUUACAAUAAGAUUCAGUAGAUGAAAGUGUCAGUCCUGUUCAGAGGGUCAGGCUGGCACUCCAGAUAGCAGCUGACUUAAAUCUUGCUCCACAUAGUAGUGCUGGCAGUUUUAUUUACACACUUCAGGUAUCAGGUACUAGUUGUAACUUCGUACUUUUACGAUAUGGAAACUAAAAUUGUGAAUAUCCACAUUUCUGAGGUACCAACGGGUCAGGUACCCUUUAAUCUGCUUUUGGAGGGGCUGGUCAGACUGUAGAUUCUGCAGGAUACUUACAUAUUAGAAAAUAAAAAGCUUAAACCUUGAAUUCAGGUACUUCCAGAGGUGGCAAUGCCGUGUCAGGUUGUCCAGAAUAUACAUAAAAGCAGCUGAAGGUGACUGUGAAGGCCAUGGGAGACCCCUACUGCUGCCCGGGAGAGCUGAGGAAGGCAAGAGAAGUUUUUUCUGCCUUCAGGCUUUAGCUGUGUGUUAAACGAGGGCAGAUUGCCAAUCGUUCUUUCAUUGUUACUGUGUUUUUGUUUUUUAUUUGAACUUGGCACAAGCCUUGCUGUCCAAAUUCCAAAUGAGGUACUUUCAGCCACCUCUUGGAGCUGCACCUUGUGAAUGGGGGAGGAGUGAAGAGUCUCAGGGCAAGAGACCUGAGCACUAAAGGAACAAAGGAUGCAAAGAAGUGGAAGAGGCUUGAAGUAAAAAGUGUAAAUUCUGUUCUUCUGCAGCAGAGUUCAGCUGGAUGGAAAACCUGACACUUCCUGUACAAUUUGCACCUAUAGCUCUUGGAGCUCUGCAAGUAACAGUGUUAAUGGCUUAUGAAACCCAAUCCUGAAAGUUGUUUUCCUAAGCUAGUACAUUCACUUACCUCAACUAAGACUUGCGUGUCAAGAGAAAUUUGAAUUUUUUUAAAUAAAAAUUUUAUCCCUCAA